GGAUGGAUGGAUGCCUUGGUGGGCCACGGGCGCCGGGAUCGGUCCCAUGUGUAUUGCAGAGCGUCUUCCACCACUACGAUAUACGUGGCAGAAGUUUUUCUGACUGCUGGACAUGCAUUUCAAAAACUUGGAGAUUUGACAAUGCAGCUUCAUAUGGGACCUUCUUCACUACCGACAGAAGAAAAAUGGAGUGAAAACCAUGUGGACCACUUGCGAGAGGCACUAACGCGGUUUGCACAUGAGCUUGAUCAAAUAAGUAAUAAUGUGCAGGCUAGGACAACGAAAAUGAUUAGUACGGACAUUCGGCGAAGGCAUAUGGCUCCUCAACGAUCACCUGUAGCUUCGGCCGUUUCGACACUGAAGCGUCAACCGAUGAAACUAGGUCCAGUUGUUGUUCCGAAGCGACUAAACGUCGCUAGAAACCAAAGGGUUUGCCACUCCUAUUUUGAAUACUUACAAUACUAA